UCUGUUGGUAGGAAUGGCGGCUAUGAUCACUGGAGGAAGGAACCCAAAGACCCUGAAACUUUACUUCUAGCGGCCCCGCAGAGGAAUUUAUUUCUAGCGAAACGCGAAAACCCCAUCCUACUACAGAUCGGAGGGAGAAGAAGUGCUAUUACGUGACAAACGCGGUAGACGUCCAGACUGAGGCGGUAGACGCACUUUGCGACCUGCUCUGUUAGCUUAACGUUAGUGCCACUGACUUUGAUUCAAGGUAGCUGUUAGCUCGCUGCACUACUAGCCAGCCGUUGGCUUGGCUGGCCCAACAAGUUAACCAAGUGAUUAACUGUAUGAAAGCAUUCUCGAUUUCAAUGCUUAUGUGGUGAUCAGCUGUCUCCGUCACCACAGAGAUCUCAGGACUUUUGCAGAGAGCGGGAGCAGAAGACAACAAGUCGACACAGCGCGUUGUGAACAUUAUUACUGCUAACCUUAACGCUAGCUAGUGCACUAACGCUAGCUAAGUUGGGAUCCUGAAGUCUCGCCCAUUUUUGGAUCCUGCCCCAGCCAUUGGCUAAGGGCUAAUCAACAGCCAACUAGUCUGGUUUUCAGGUCCGAUUGGUACUACGAUGGAAAGUCUAACGUUGAGUGAUGUUGAGCAGAAAUAUUACUCGGAUUUGUUCGUUUACUGUGACACGGACAACACCAAAAAAGUGGCUUCCAAUGGGAGAGUUCUUGACCUUUUCCGGGCGGCCCAGCUACCCAGCGAAGUUGUUCUGCAGAUCACAGAACUCUGUGGAGCCACUCGGUUGGGUCACUUUGGGCGGAGCCAGUUCUACAUCGCUCUGAAGCUCAUCGCCAUCGCCCAGUCAGGUCUGCCCCUGAGGGUGGAAAGCCUCAACUCGGUAAAGGACCUGCCGCUGCCCCGCUUUGUGGUCGGGAAAAAUGAGGCAGAGGCGAGGCAUGCAGCACUGUACCAAGACUCAGACAGUCAGGGCUUAUACCCAGCCUCGGCCACAGCAGUAAUACCCAGACCACCGGGCAGGGGUCACCAGAACAAGAAGGGGCCUCCUACGUCCACCUCACUUCCUGUCCAUGAGGUCAUCCAGCCCCUCCCCCCCACCAUAGAAUCACAGCCUGAACCCACGUCCCCAGUGGUGUCCCCUCACCAGUCCCCCCCCACCUCCCCUCACUCCUGGAGGAAACACAAGCGGCAGCAUAGUGGAGGAAAUCCAGACAGACCGCCAGUGGUGGCUGCAACAGGAGCCGUGUGGACACAGUUCAGAGAACCACAAUCAGGUCCAGUCUCUGGUGAUGGCAUGUGGUCAUCCCACUCGCCCCCUCUUCCAAGUCAGGAAAGUUGGGUCAGUUUCACAGCAGACACCCCACCAUCCAGCACGCUGCCUACAAUGCACCCCUCAUCAGUCCAGGAAAGCACAACGAUACGAACAGUGGCCUCUGCAGCAACGACCAAUGAGAUCCAGCGGCAGUCCAGUGCCUACGAUGAUCCGUGGAAGAUCACAGACGAGCAGCGACAGUAUUAUAUCAACCAGUUCAAAACCAUCCAGCCAGACCUCACCGGUUUCAUACCUGGUUCAGCAGCGAAAGAGUUCUUCACCAAAUCCAAAUUACCAAUUUUAGAGUUGUCACACAUUUGGGAGCUGUCAGACUUUGACAAAGAUGGAGCACUGACCCUGGACGAGUUCUGUGCUGCCUUCCACCUGGUUGUAGCCAGGAAGAAUGGCUACGACCUCCCCGAGAAGCUGCCUGAAAGCCUGAUGCCAAAGCUGAUUGACCUGGAUGACUCAGCAGAAGUCCCAGAACCGACCACUGAUGUUGGAUACUCGGCCUCCCCAGUGGAGGUUACCCCCAGCAAGUCUCCUUCCAUGCCUUCCCUCAACCAAGCCUGGCCUGAGAUGAACCAGAGCAAUGAGCAGUGGGAGACGUUUAGCGAGCGCUCCUCCAGCUCACAAACUCUGACCCAAUUUGACUCUAACAUUGCACCAGCUGACCCUGACACAGCCAUUGUCCACCCAGUUCCCAUUCGGAUGACACCCAGUAAGAUCCACAUGCAGGAGAUGGAGCUGAAGAGGACCGGUAGCGACCACAACCAUCCCACCAGUCCUCUAUUGGCUAAACCUCCAGAAAUGUCUGAAGAAGCCAAACUCCCCGCCUCAAUGAAGUUUGUAGCUGCCAACACUGUUGGUGAUGGUUACAGCAGCUCUGACUCAUUCACAUCAGACCAGGAGCCAAUUACAAGACAAAGGUCCCAGUCUGGUACAUCUCCAGAGGCUCUGAAGGUGGUUGCCCCACCUCCGCCCCCUCCUCGCCCUCACCCCUCCCACUCUCGCUCCUCAUCUCUGGACAUGAACCGGACCUUCGCUGCUGCGUCUGCCACAGGACAACCACAACCCUCUACAAUAGCCUACCCGCCUGCUGUGCCUCCUCGACCGCUGCCUACACAGACAUCUGUGCCACACACUGGACAUCGUGGAGAAGCUGAGGGAGUAUCAGGAGGAGGGGCCGUGCUCACCACCACCUCCCCUCAGCAGAUUCCCCAGCAGCCUAAUUUUGCUGACUUCAGCCAGUUCCAGGCCUUUGCAGCAUCAGAGCAGCCUUCCAGCCUGCCUGAAGUUGACAAGCACAGCGACUCUGGUCAGGUGGAGAAGUCGUCAGAGGGAGCUGGUCCUUUGAGAACAGUCAAGAGUGACGGCCCAGCAGACGAUAGAUCCUCAGCCACUGUGAACUCUGUCAAGGGUUCGUCUGGUCCGUUAGCCCCUCCCCCUAAACCUGUGCGCCGGAGGUUGAAGUCCGAAGACGAGCUCAGACCUGAAGAUGAGCAGCACGGCCCGCAGAAAUCAAAUGUCAUAGCUGCUGUUCUGGCCACUCAGCCCUCUAUCCCCAGGUCAGUAGGAAAGGACAAAAAGGCUAUUCAAGCUUCAAUCAGAAGAAACAAGGAGACAAACACGGUGUUGGCACGACUUAACAGUGAACUACAGCAGCAGCUGAAGGACUUGCUGGAGGAGAGGAUAUCUCUAGAGGUCCAGCUGGAGCAGCUCAGACCUUUCUCUCAUCUUUAACCAACAUGAGGAGGAAAACUGGGCUGUAGUUUAUCUGAAGCAAGGCUGGGGCCCUCGUUGUGAUUUCCCCCCCCUCCAUCCGUCCCACCUUCCAUAAUGCUCCAACCAGCCGCACGGUUUUUCCAUUAGUACUGUCAAUCACACACAUCAAUCGUUACCUGAAGGACUGAGAGCACAGUCUUACUGAGGGGGAGGGGUGUGACAGGAACGUGUGGGGAUUUUGCAAACAAACUGGCACUUUUCGACUUUUCCUAAGGAGAAGUGAAGGUUAGGACAACAGCUGAAUGAGAAAGUCCGGGCUGAAGACAAACAGCCGGUGUCUAAUUACUUUUCUCUUUGAAUGACUGAAGAAAACCAGUGGAGUGUGUGACUGUUUGUGUACUUGUGUUCCUGUCUUGUGACUUAACCUGAGGCUCGACCCUUAAACCGUACCACACCAAACUCCAUCUAAAAUGAAGCAGAUUUCACCUAAAGGCAAAUUUCCACUGCAUGGUAACAGCUCAACUUGACACUACUCUUUGAUAUUCUCCAUUGUUUCUGUAUGUGUGUGACAUCUGGCUACAGAAUACUGCAGGGAUGACACAGAAGGUAGAUCACAUUUUUGAAAUGAGAUAUUUCCCCUGAUUUUUAUAUUAUUGCGGAAAAUAACUGUUAAUAAUACUUGUGCGUUUCUGUUCAGCAAGAUAAACUUCACAAAUUAACCACUUUUAUAAUUCAUAAAGCAGAAAUGCCAUUAAGGGAGUACACCAUGGUCACAUGACUGACAUACUUGCCACUAAGAUUUUUCAACUUGUAAGUUGAUGUCAUGCAUUUAUACAAAACCCUUUCAUCUGACUGACCUGAUCUAUUGAGUGAGUAGAAUAGUUUGUACUAUAGGGUUGUAAAGGUGGACCAGUGAGGAGACGUUUCCAUGUGCCUCUGUAGUCUAAUUUAGCCACUUUUUAGAAUUUGCUUUUAAAACACAUAACAUCUUCAUUUUAUGCUACAGAUCAUAAUGGGAAAAUCUACUUAACUUGUUUUGAAAAUGCAAUAGAGAGUUGGAACAAACACCUUUAUUCUAAAACGUUCCCCUCUGUCAAAAAGACACCAAUUUUUCCCGUGGCGACUUAUUUAAUGAAAAAUACUAGCAGCGGUCAGUGGCAAGGGACAAAUAAUAUUUUAACCGAUUUGUGUCACCUCAUACACAGAUGUUUGUCAGUUUAGAAGAUAAAGGUAAAGAUAGUGAAGUAACAUGUAGUCGCCAAAACGAACAAUACCUUGGUAUAUUCGCCUCAAUCUUCAAGAUGUGGCAGAAAAAGGAUUAAGAGGCAGAAACCACUACAAGUCUGGUCAUGAUGAAACUGCAGAUAUCUUCAACGGAUCUGAACGGAUUAUGGAAAAAGGCGGUUACAUUGUCACUUUGGGAUGUGUUGUCUAUUUACAUACUUCCACCAUCUGCUACUUGAACCGUUUUUACAACAAACUGACUUUCACAACUUAAAAAUGUCCUUUAAACUGACAAAUAUUUAUACAACUAUCAUUUGGACAAGUCACCAGUUCAUUGCAGGAAGUUAAACACCAUAAAAAAGUACUUGUCUCUUCCCAUUGAUUAUAAUACAGUUUAUUUAUAAUUUUCCUUAAUAAGGUCCCAUGGGGUACAACCAGAAAAGGUCAUUUUUGCCCAUUGCCACCAUAAACAUGCUUUAACGUCAAACUUUAUUUCACACAUCUAACCAAGAAACUCGUUCAAAAAAAUAUUCAAGGUAGCUUAUUCCCAAGUUUGAAACUCAUUCCUGCAGCUCUCCAUUGAAGGGAAACUGUAUCAGCACUGAAAAAUAACACACCUGGUACCCGGAGAGUGUCAAGCUGUCAAACAGGUACCAUGUGUUGGAAAAGCACCAUCAUUUAUCAGCAUUCCCACAUUCCUAAAAGCAGAAGCACUGGACUUCACUGAAUGGCCAGAUUUCAGUGGCUCUCAUACAUUUCCAAUGUACAUGUUAUGAGGCUUUAAAAACAGGAAAGAAGUCUGUACUGAUCUAUACAUGACAAACAUUUUUUGACUGGAGUUUGGUGUGGUUGGUCUCUCCAUGUGAGCAAACAUAAGUGAGCGUCUUCUGGACCGGACUUUUGUGUGUGUCUAUUUUGGCCAAAUCAUCACAGUGAAGGCUUUGACUCCUCCUCAUUUCAGCCCAUCCUCCUCUCAAUUACUGCCCUCUGAAGCCUUUGUGUGUUUGCGAACGAUCGCGUGACGCAGUGAAUGAAUGUGCUCUGUCUUCUCCCCUUUUUUCCCUCAUGUUACAGUGUUUGGGGAUCGAUGUGACUGAAUCGUUUAACUUUAUGCCAAAUGACUGAACUAUCACUCUUCUCUUUCACCUCUACUCGGGCUGUGUUUAGAGAAUACAACCUCCUGUUUUUUUCUUCCCAAACAUAGCUGAGGAUUAACAUUUCAGCUUUUUUAAAACUCUCUGGUGUUGCAGUUGUUUUCACCUGUACGGAAAAAGCAUUUCAGCGCAAUUUUUUUUUUUUUGUUUUUUUGAAGGGAUUGAAGGUAUUUAACUGCUGCUUGACUGCAGGGCAGGACUGCAUUAAUGAAGAAUUGUGUUGCUGAUCAGUGGGAAGUUUUCCUGUGAUUUUCCGUUCAGCAAACACAGGUGCACAGAUCCGAACCGUUGGUGCAGAUAGAGUUGAUACUGGUUUGAAAAUUCAGCUGUUUUUCCAGUCUGGCAGUCGGCACUAUGCAAGUAUGGUGAUAGAUCUUCACAGACCAAUUAUACUUAGCUGUUUGUACUAUGAUAGUAGCAACUCUGUGAACAGUAUACUCUGGUUUUGUAUCUUAGAUCUUCCAGAACACCAUUUACUGUAUGUUUGUGACUCAUUUGCCUUUUUUUUUUUUCGGUACUGAUGAACAGUGUCGCUUCCCACGGCCCCGGAUCCAGAGGGAAGUAACUCCAGAUCAGUGUUUUUAUCAGGGCGGUUUCACCCUAAUCUGCAAGAUAUGACCCUUUGGUGGUUGUAGAUGAAGCUUAGCAGGACUUUAGACAGAGACCAGUCAACGGAACGGGAGACCUGAAUGACCUAACUGCACUUUGAACUUAACCCCCUCUCCCCGAUUUCCUUUGUAUUUUUAUUUUGUUACGUCCCUCUGACUUUUCAGCUUUGUUUUACCUUGCAUGUUCUUGUCUUUCAUGUCUAUUAAACAAAACAAACAAAAAAAAAAGGAAGAUGCUUUAAGAAGGAAAAAAAUAACAAACCACUCAAGUUUUAUUUUUUUUCACCUGGAAACUGUAUGGUUCUUUUGUGCCAGUAGCCUAAAAAUAUCCUAAAACACUGUCUCGUCUGGUUAAUUAUCUUCUUUUUUUUUUUUUUUUUUUAAACUGUUUUGUCCCUGGAGCUUCCUGUGUGUUCUUGAAGAAUCGGUCUUCUGAAGCCUUACUCUCCCUUACUGGCGUUCAGGUUUCCACGGCGACUGACUGACCUCUCCUCCUUGUCGUAUCAAGGCUCGCCUUCUUUUUUCUGCUGUUGAGGAUGAUGAUGUUGAACGUGUGUGUACGUGUGCGUGGGUUUGUGCGUGUUAUAUUUUUUCAGACCUGGAACUAAUACCAUUUAAAACCCUAUUAAAUACCUUCACAUGGGAUUGAUUUAUGUUUGCUAGCACAAUAGCACCCCCUAUCCCUAAACCUCAAAAGGCAAUCCAGGCAGGCAAAAGCAAUCAGUCAUAAUGAAGAUUUGAUGGGAUUUUGAAUGCUAUUUGCUCCCAGAUCUGUGUUGUAUAUUGUAUAUGGAUACACACUUUUGGACUCAUGUGUAAAUUUGCAUUAAUUGCUGACUAACAGCGAAAGAAUAUUCUAUUUAAUUCCUUCUCUCUUGGCUGUGGGAUCCUAGAUGUUUAACUGCAUGGAUGUACUGUAUCUCUGCAGAGUCAACUAGCAGCUGUGUGAUUUUUACACAAAAAUAAAAACGGCACAAUAUUUUAAA